UGCUUUUCAACACUUUUCCAUUAUUGUUUUUGUUUACGAAAAUUGUUUAUUUUCUUUUAAAAAGGAGCGAAACAUGGAUUUCGACAGCCCCGAGGAGAAGGAGUUCCCCGGCCUGUAUGCCUCGGAGGCGGCGGACUCACGGUCCAAAAAGAGCAAGGAGGAAAGCGACUUCAGCGAGGAUCAUGACCUAAGCAAAAAGGACCUGUUGAUUGGUCGCCGCAAAGACAAGAAGGAAAAGGGCAAGGACCGUGGCUAUGCGGCCCUCGAGGGUGAAAGUUCCCCCGAAGAGGAGUUGGACACCAAGAGUCCUUCGAAGUCAAAAAAGUCGAAAACCUUCAAGUUUACCAGCUCCAAGAGCAAGGAGAAGAGAGAGAAAUCGCGGGACAAGGAGAAAUCCGAGAAAGAUGCAAAGCAUCUGGAGGAGGAGCCGACGUCCCAUAAAUCCAAAGACAAGGAGAAAGAUAAGGAACGCGAGGAUCAUAAGAAAAAGGACAAGGAGCGCAAGGAGAAAGACAAGAAGGAAAAGUCUGACAAGAAGGAGAAAAAGGACAAGAAGGGAAAACAGCUAUCGCAUCAGCAGCAACAACAUCAAGAGGAAGCAUUCGCUGCCGAGGAAGUACUGGCCCUGGGAUAUCCUGUUUUCGGAGUAUCGGUCAGCCUGGCCACUGAACGAUCCCGCUGCCACGACGGCGUAGAUCUUCCGCUGGUGGUGCGCGACUGCAUCGAUUACCUGCAGGAUCACUGCAAGUGCGAGCAUAUCUACAAGGUUGAGCCCAUCAAGACGCGUCUGAUGCACUACAAGCGGUUGUACAACAAUCGAGAGCACGACGCCGCCGUGGAUGAGCUCAACCUGCCCACCGCCUGCAGUCUGCUGAAGCUCUUCCUGCGCGAACUGCCGGAGCCGGUGCUAACCACUGAUCUGGUCGCCCGCUUCGAGGAGGUGGCCUCGCAUCCAAAGGUCACCGAGCAGGAGGCAGAGCUGCAGCAGCUGCUCGAGCAGUUGCCCAAGUGCAACCGCACAUUGUUGGCGUGGGUUUUGCUCCACUUUGACUCCGUGAUCCAGCAGGAGCGGCACAACAAGCUCAACGCCCAGUCGCUGGCCAUGCUUCUCAGUCCGACGCUUCAGAUGUCUCACCGUCUAAUGGUCGCGCUGCUCUGUCACUGCAACAAUCUUUUCGCGGACGUCAAGCUGAUAAAGUAUGUUCCACCACUUACUUCGGCCAGCCAGCUGCCGGAACGACCCGAGGAAAUCCAAAUAGAGCUCCGCAAGCAGGACAGCCUACUGACCCAGAUCCACAGCGAGAUGAAUGCUGGUUUUAUUACCAAGAAGCGGGAGGAGCAGCUCUGGGAAGUGCAGCGAAUCAUUACGCAGCUGAAGAGAAAAUUGCGAAGUUUCGAAAAGAAACAAGAGAAGUCGGUGGAUGAGCUAGACAGCACCAGCAGCUCUCAUCCGGUUGCCACUUCUGGCGCCGCUGCCGUAGUCGAAGACACCACCGAUUCCAAACCUGCUGCCGAACCUGUGGCAGCUACCAACAACAGUAUUGCACCUGAGGAGCCGCAAACGGAGGAGCGCGCUACUAAUCCUAGUCCACCUGACUUUACCAUUGACUCCAAUACUGGUUUCGUCCUGCUUCCCAAGGCAAAUCCGCAUCGUGAAGACUUGCUGCGACUACAAAUCGAGUACGAGGAACUAAUGGCUUGGCAGCACGAACUGAAAGCCCGCAUCCUGGCCGAACGCAACGAAGUCUACCGGCUGAAGCAGCUGUGCGAGCAGCAGAAUCCCAAGGCCCAUGGGUCACAUGGGGAGUCAGUGCCGCCAUCGGAGGCUGACUACGAGCGGAUCAUCGAACACUACACGCGCGAGAACGCCCUGCUGGAGCACAAGAAGCGGAUGUUGGGCAUCGAACUCAAGGAGGAGCGACGGGCAUGCAUAGCCCUCCAGGUGGAGUUGCGGUUGCAACAGUUUUAAAUGUAUUAAUGUUGUUAAUAACCACGGAUGGGUCGGUCACUAUCAGGUACUAAUGCUUACCUUAAUUAAUUUUAAAUUCAAAAACUGUUACAUUAAGAUACAGAGCUAUGAAAGCUUCAAGAGUUGUUUAAAACUAUAAAAGUAACGAGCGCUGUCCAAUUUUCAAUCAUUCGGCUAAGCGAAGCUAGAAACCUUAAUUUAUAAAUCAGAUAUUGAAAAUUUCUGCUGUACAAGAUAUGAUUAUAUUUUGCUCUAUUCUAUAUUAUUAUUUGAGUCUCAUUGAUGUUUUAAACCAAUCGACCCAUCAAUACGAAUAUAUCCAUAUAUAUGCAUGUACAUAAUUUAAUUCCCCUUAAAUCUCAAUGUAUUUGAACGAUCAAAAGCUUCUAAAUUAAAUAAAUGCUCACGUGUUGAAUUGGCAGUUUGCCCCAAAACUAAU